AUGGGGGUGGUGGAGGCCCCAGGAAAAUCCACGUCCAAGGUCGUGGAGCUGCUGCGCCAGGACCUGCAGCACUGGGACCUGCAGGCAGGCUCCCCAGUGGCGAGCCCCCCGUGGCUGGCCAGAGGGCUCCCAGAGCCCACCAUGGCUCCACAGGCAUUUUGGUGCUCCGUCUCCCUGCUUUGCUGCUCCUUCCUGAGCACGGCAAAAGGGGACCCGCAGGUGCUCUCCUUCCCACCCGGCAGGCAGUACCAGUACCGCUACACCCUGUCCAUGCGGCUGGACCCCGUGGCUGAGCCGUCCCCCAGGGGAGGCUGGCUGCAGGCAGAGGCACUGCUCGGGGUGCACCGGCUCUGGAGGGACCCAGGCAGGGAGGAGCUGCUCCGGGUGCAGAUCCAGGACCUGAAAGCCCGACAGCAGCCAGAAGAGGCGAAGGGGCAGGAUGGUGCUGGAGGUCCCCCUGCGGAGAUCGCGCUGAGCCCGGAGGCACAGGCAGAGCUCCAGCAGCCAAUUUUCAUAUCCUGGAGCAGUGGCAAGGUCAAAGCCCUCUAUGGGGACGAAGCAGAAGGCACCCUGAUCUCCAACCUGAAGCGAGGCAUCGUCAGUCUGCUCCAGCUGCAGCCCCACGCCGGCACCACUGUCGAGGAGGAUGCCUCCGGAAGCUGCCAGGUCACGUACGCCGUGUCCAACCACUCCAUCACAAAGACAAAAGAUCUCCUCAGCUGCACAAAGCCAAAAUUGGGAUUCACCUCCGUGAACAAAAUUUUUGGAGUCCAGUGGCAGCCCACCAGCAGAAGCCAGUACGUGGUGAAAGAUGGCAUGCUCCAGUCAGUGCUGGCAGAGGAAAGCCACAUGGUGGCUCUAGCCCUGAGGUCCACCACCGGUGUCAAAAUCAGCUCGAGGCAGCAGCUCGAGCUGGUGUCCUCAUCUCCUGCCCCAGAAGAAGAGGCCAGAAGGAGCCUCGAGGACGCGCUGGCUGGCACGGAUGGCCAGCACCAGCCCCUGGGCAUGGCCAACCUGCCCUUCAGGAGGGGCUGCACCCACUGCCCCUCGCUGGUAGCCUACCUGAAGACCUUUGACAGCCAGAGAGCCAAGAGGGACGUCUCGCAGGCGGCGGCCGCAUGGCGGUUCCAGAGGUUCAUCCAGAUGCUGCGCGGCGCCAAGAGGAGAGAUGUGCUGCAGCUGCUGAACAGGGCACCCGAGGAGAUGCUCCCCUUCGUCGUGGAGGCAGCGGUGGCCGCACAGUCAGUGGCAUCCUUGGCGGCUCUCUCGGAUUUCCUUGACUUCAGCAAGGAGCCCAAGUCCCUGCUGGAGACAUUUCUCUAUGCAGCAGCUUUCUCCCCCCGGCCUUCAAAAGAGCUCCUCCGCUUGGUGCUGGACAAGCUGGAUGGGAAGCAGCUGGCCCCCAGGUGCGGGAGACAGGGGGUGGUUGCCCUGGGCUCCCUGGUGGGCAAGCUGUGCCGGCAGCGGCUGUGCAGGCUGCAGGAGGUGGAGCGUGGCGUUGAAGCCAUCCUCGCAGGGCUGAGGGGUGCCAAGGAGGAGCCCGAGGUGGUGAUCCACCUGCUGGCCCUGGGGAACGCGGUGCUGCCCGAGACCAUCCCCAUCCUCCUGGAGCACGCAGAGGAAGGUCCCACUGCCAUCUCAGCCGCGGCCAUCUCUGCCCUGCGGAGAUUCCCUGCUCAGCACAUCUCCAGUGAGGUGAAGAGGGCGAUGAGGAGGAUUUUCCAUGAGAAGAGGAAGAGCUAUGAGAAAACAUGCCGCCUGGCCGCUGCAGAAAUCCUCCUGGACAGCCAGCCCUUGCCCAUGGAUGUCAUCAACAUCCUGCUGGCCACGGGGGAGAUGGAAACAGAAACGGCGACAUUCCUGCUGCACAAGGUCCAGAGCAGCCUGCGUGCUGACCACCACCCAGCAAGGAAGAUAAUGAAGGACAUCAUGGGAGACUCACAGAUAAACAACUACCACCACUUCUCGAAAGCCGGCAUCUCCUCCUCUUUCUUGGGACCUCUGACAGCCACCGAGAACCUGCUCUCGACUUUUGGGCUGGAUCUGCUGUUUUUGGAGGGCGGGUUCCUGAGAAAAAGCGUCUCUGACUUCUCGCUGCUCAGCCACGACAGGCAGCUCCGUGCAGCUCAGGUCACUAUCGAAGCCCAAGGGAUGGAGUCUAUGCUGGGAGAGAGCGUCCUGGAAGGGGAAGAGGAGACAGAGCUCAUGGCCGGGAUGUCCGCUGUCUUCUUUGACGUUCAGCUGCGGCCAAUUGUCUUCUUCCAGGGGUACGCAGACUUAAUGGCCAAGGUUCUACUAAGCAGCGGAGAGCCCACAAGCGUGGUCAAAGGGAACCUCCUGCUGAUGGACCACCACCAGGUCAUUCCCCUACAGUCCGGCCUCCAAGUGGUGGUCAAAGCCCUGGGCGGGCUCGGGCUCGAUAUUUCGGCCAACGUGGACGUGAACAUUUGGGAGCAGGAGCUGAGGACCAGCAUCAACACUAGGGGAAGCCUCGCCAUCGAUUUCCAGGCAGAACUAGAUGCCCCUUUCCUCCAAACCACCGUGAGAAGCCAGACAGAGGCGGAGUCCUCCAUCCACUUCGACACCUUCCUGAGGUUUUCCAGCAGCCCAGUGCUCAUGUGCCUGCAGCUGAGAGAGGAGCAGGUCCCAUACAGAGAGAUCUUCACAGUCUCCAGAUCUGCUGGGAACCAGAGCAGCACUGCUCGAAAGGGCAGGCAGGGCGCUGUGCCCAGCCGGGAGCUGGCCUUGCACCUGGGACAACUCCAGGGCGUGCAGCCUCCUGCUAGCAGGCAGAGAAGGAAGCGUAGGAGAACCAGAGCACUUUGGGACUAG